ACAAAACAUGUUUCACACUGACUUCACCCCACGUGUGAGCUUCCACCUGGCAAUAUUUUUGGUUUGUUGGAUGCCCUCGUUCACCAGGAUUAGCAGUGAAGUUCAUUCCUUAGAUUUGGCAACACUUGCGAUCAAAAUUCUGGAGUUCCAAGAUCAUGAAAAACGCCGAAUGGAUGGUAGUUGUUGUGGAAAUAUGACGGACGCAGACAAUGCUUUGUGUUUUGCUCAAUGUUCAUUGGAAUUCCGAAUUUGUUUGGAGCCAUUCGGUAUACAAGUCUCGGUAACCGAUCAUGCGCCGUAUGGCGGGCCAUGCGUGUACGGUCAUGCUAGAACGGGACACUGGGGAAAUACAGACACUGUUUACACCUUCUCCGAGGCACAGGCAUAUGUAAUCAAUAUCACCACCCCGUGGCCGCGCUCAUUCACUGUUAUUCUGGAGGCUUAUGAUUUGCAAAAUAUGGACGAGAAGUAUCUGAUCAGCAGGAUUGUUCACCAUAGCCUGCUGAGACCAGUCGCAAACGCCAUAGACCCAGUCAAAGGUCAACCGUCCGAGUGGCAUCACGUGACAACCGCCACACAGUUUUCGGGUUACACAUUCAGCAUGCGUCUGGCUUGUCGCCCGGACUUGUAUAACAACACAUGCACAAAGCUCUGCUUGAAGAACAGUACGCAAUACACUUGCGACGCCAACGGGGACAAGGUUUGUGAACCGGGCUGGAGUGGAACAAAUUGUGAUAUCGCCAUGUGCAAAAUGGGCUGCCAUUCAACGCAUGGACGUUGCAGCCAACCCGGAGAGUGCGAAUGUGCGGUCGGUUGGCAGGGCCCGUAUUGCGACGAAUGUGUAAAAUAUCCCGGGUGUAAACACGGAGUGUGCGAUCAGGCGCCGUUCACGUGCCGUUGUCUACCCAACUGGGGUGGUCCCUUUUGUGACCAAGACCUGGAUUAUUGUGCCCGGCACAAACCAUGCAGAAACGGUGGAAUAUGCAGGAAUACCAACUCCACAAUGAACCCGUUUAGUUGCAGUUGUACUCGGGAGUACACUGGUGAUCUUUGUGAAACAAAACUACCUGCCUGCUCAUGGAAUCCUUGCAAACGCGGACGAUGUGUUCCCAGAGGCACAGAUGAUUACCAGUGUGAGUGCGAUCCAGGGUGGCGCGGCGACCAUUGUGAAGAAAACAUAGAUUACUGCCUUCAAAACACUUGUCUCAAUGGUGGCACCUGCCAAGAUCUGGACGGGGUCGGAUUUCGUUGCCUUUGUCCACCAGGAUUCAAAGGAUCCAACUGCCAACUGAGAUCACCUUGCGGCAACUCUCGGUGUGUCCAUGCAAGGGAUUGCACACCGCUGAUUCCACCGGUAAACGGCAGCGAUUAUUACUGUAUCUGUCAGCCAGGGUGGACAGGACAGUUCUGUGAACAAAAUGUGGACGACUGCGUGGACAAAUGUCAGAAUGGCGGAAAGUGUCAAGUAAGUGUCAGUCGUUUUGCUCUGGCAUACGUUAAAGAGAAAUGCUGCCAUCCGGACAAUCGAGCAUGCGUCAACGAGACAUUAUGCCAGAAUAGAGCGACGUGUAUUGAUAUUGGGGACAGUUUCAACUGCCUAUGUCGACCCGGAUUCGAUGGACAAUAUUGUGAAAAUGACAUAAAUGAGUGCAACUCAAUGCCAUGCUAUAAUAACGGGACCUGCAGAGAUUUGAUCAAUUCAUACGAAUGCGAAUGCCCAAAAGGAUUUAUCGGUCCAGACUGCCGCAUAAACAUCGACGAAUGUGCAACCAACCCCUGUGCGUUUGGAGCCACUUGUGUCGACAAAGUCGCAGAUUAUCAGUGCAUCUGUCCACCUGGCAGACAUGGCAAGAACUGCGACGAUGUUCUUGUUCUACAACCACCGAAGCCGCCUGCGUGCAAUUUCCAGGAUCGAAUCUAUGAUCACAAUGAAUCGUGGACGUACAAUUGUCAAAAAUGUCACUGCAACACAGGCCAAGUGAUCUGCGAGGACGACUUCUGUGGAUACUGGUCUUGUGUCCAAGCAGUCGGGCAAUCCGACCGAUUCGCAUGCAAACCUGGAGAAGUGUGUCAGAUACUCACCUCGGGAUUCGAAGGAGAGUGCUUCGUCCCUCCGUGCUAUCUGAGGACCGUUUGCCUGAACACAACUCGAUCGAUCCCAGUACAAUUACGUGAGCUGCUUCCGACGACUCAGACAGAAGCAGCUGCUCCAGGAUGUCGACCGAACGCUGCUCAGUUGACAAAUCGUUGCGCACGUAUUGAACUACAAUUUUCAAAACAGAGACUUCCAUACGGUGUCACAAUCGGUGACGUUUGCAACGCAGUGCGUCAACUUCCUACAGUGACUGCAGUACAGACCAUGUCGUCAAAGGCGUUGGGGUUUGGUAUGAGCUGUGACAUUAAAGCUGACCGGAGAAAGGAGCUCACUGAUGUGAUAGAGAUCACUCUCAGUUCAAUGGAUGAUCGACUGAAAAAGAACAAAAAUGGGCAGGAGUACUCGUUCAUCCAUAUGUUAACCAGGAAUAUCUCACGCGACAUAGUCGAGAAGGCAUCCACCAACGUAACAUUGAUGCGAAACUCUGCUACGUCAAUUCCACAAGAUGAUAGCCUGCCGUUACCACCAAUGACCCAAUUGCUGGGGACCCCAGAUCUGGAGAAGUACUGGCAUCGCAUCCUACUAGGUGUGGUUGAGAUCAAGGUUGAUACGGUGGUGUUGAAAGAAAAAGAGUUCGGUUCACCCAUCUUGGUUCCACUGGCCUGUGGACUCAUCCUCGUUAUGGCUCUAGUUACAAUAUUAUUCAUAUGUAUAUAUGCACAGCGAAAACACCACGAGUUGCUGCUCAAGUACGCACCGAGCAUGCCCCCGAACAAUGAUGUGCCGACUGUGGAGAGCAUAAUGCAUAAACCAGGACAGAGCGGGAAAUCGUCGGCUGCCACUCGAACAAGCCGCAGACUACAAGCGGUUACAGGAUCGACAACGCACGACAAUUCGGUGGCUUUUGAAGGGGCACAAGAAACGGCGGUACAAGGGGCCAAACUAUUAAACGACGUGUAUUCGAGGAACAGAAGGAACGUCGAUGGAGUGAUAGUAUGA